UCAAUAAGCUUACUUUCACUUUUACUUUUAAGAGCAGAAGCGCAAAGCAUCGACGAACUGGUGUAAAUAAAUCAAGACGAGAUUUAAGCCUGUGUAUAAAGAAAGAAUGAGCUACGACAGGGCCAUCACUGUGUUUUCUCCGGACGGACACCUGUUUCAGGUGGAAUAUGCUCAGGAGGCGGUGAAGAAGGGUUCAACUGCAGUGGGGGUGAGAGGCAAAAACAUCGUUGUGCUCGGGGUCGAGAAGAAAUCAGCGGCCAUGCUUCAGGAUGAGAGGACCGUGAGAAAAAUCUGUGCGCUGGAUGACAAUGUCUUCAUGGCAUUUGCUGGCCUGACCGCAGACGCCAGGAUUGUGAUUAACAGAGCUCGAGUGGAGUGUCAAAGCCACAGACUGACCGUAGAGGAUCCCGCCACCGUGGAGUACAUCACCCGCUACAUCUCCAACAUGAAACAGCGUUACACGCAGAGUAACGGACGAAGGCCCUUUGGCAUUUCCUCCCUCAUCAUGGGCUUUGAUUUCGAUGGUACGCCCAAUCUGUAUCAGACCGACCCUUCUGGAACCUACCAUGCUUGGAAGGCGAACGCCAUUGGGAGAUCGGCAAAAGCUGUUCGCGAAUUCCUGGAGAAGAACUACAAAGAGGAGGACAUGGAGACAGACGAAUUAGUCCUAAAACUGGCAGUCAGGGCUCUUCUCGAGGUGGUGCAAUCCGGCGGAAAAAAUAUCGAACUGGCCACAAUGAAGCGUGGUGAAGCCAUGAAGAUUUUGGACCCUGAAGAGGUGGAGAAGAUCGUAUCGGCACUGGAGAAAGAAAAGGAGGAAGCGGAGAAGAAAAAGAAAGCCGCAACCAGCACAACAUCCUGAACAAGCUGGGAUCCCAUCAGCAAUACAAGUUUUAGGCAACAAUGAAUUAAAUGCACUAAACGGUUGAGGUUUAUCAGCCAUUUUCCAUUUUAUUAACAAUGGUUCUCUCUUUUUUUUGGUACAAAGUCCCCAUUUAAUCCACAUGCAAAAAAAAAAAAAAAAGGGAAACAAAA